AGGAAAAGGGACUGUUACCUUCAGGGUGAGGUAUCUAGGCUGGAAAAGCAAGUCCUAGAUCUUAAUGCUCAUAUUGCUCUUUUGACAUCCAAGUUAGAAAAGGGAAUGCUGCAGCACCUCCAGCAGAAGCUGCAGUCAGUGUGCUGUGGGACUCAGGGCUGUAAACACCCUGGCAGGGAAGAAAUGGAAUGGAAGGCUUGCAUUGAAAAUGUGGAGCAUGAUGUGAAAAGCCACCUUAAGGCAUUUCAGCAAAAUCUGAAGUUCUUGAGGGAAAUGGAAGAGAACACUAGAAGAGAACAGGCAGACCUGCUGACUGAACUGCAGUGCUGUCACAACACUGAAGACUUCCUCAGAACAAAACUGGAAGAAUCUCAUCAUCAUGUCUAUAGUUUACAAUUAUCUGAAAUCAAACUCAAGGAAAAAGUGGAAGAGCUUUUAGAUGAAAACAGAACUUUAAAAGAUCAAGGUACUAUGAAGCUGAAAAAGAAGAAAGAAAAAUACUCUGAACUUACAAGAUUGGUGGAUGAGGACAACAGUGUUUACUUGAAUGGAGAUCUAAUUCAGGAUGAAGUUCAGAAUUUGAAAUGGAAGGCGGUCUUGGAUUCACUCAGAAGCAGAGCUACUCAAACUCCAGUUGUGCUGCUAUAUGGUAAAGAGUCUGAAACAGCAGCCUGUAGUUGUGAGGGACUAAAGCAGAUGGAGGAGCUACCAGAAGACCUUGUACCAGUUUUGGAAUGCAGUUCCAGUGCCCUUGUGAAAGUUGCUGGUCUAGCUGAGACUGAGCAGGUCACCCUUGGACCACAGAAGGCAAAUACUCUAGAGGACAGUUUCACUUUGCUCAGGUGUACCCCAAGUCAUCAGGCAGCAGGAUUGCUUCCCCUUUGUUCUGGGAAGUUACCCAAUGAUGAGACAAGUAAGGAAACCAAAGAUGAAGAAACCUUUUUUCUCUUGAAGGAGCACACUGUAACUACACCAGUGAAGAUAUUCCCUGCUUCUGUGGUUGAAUUUUUGAUGAGUGAGAAGUUCCAACUGACCUUUUUUGAGCCUGGAAGAUGUCACAUAACAGCUUUCACCACUGAGAAGGAAGUGAGGAAUUCAAGUUUCUGUGAGACAAAUACUAGUCUUUGGUCUCAUGGCCUUUGCAUUGUUGCAAAAGGAGGAUUUUAUGACAGAGCUACUGAAUUUCUUCAUGAAAUGUUUCCUUCCACUGUGGCUGGAAUUUUCACAGCAUCUCUAGAAGAAUUCAACAUGGAUGAUGAAAAGUAUCCCCAAAAAAUCUUUACAGGGAAAGCUGAAAGAGAGGAAAUACAGAAUGAUGAAGCCCAACAACAACAGGUGAGCUGUGAUCUUGAGAAAAGUUCUAAAUUUUCCUACAAAACUGAAUUAUUCAGUCCUGGGAAGCCAGGAGUGGAAGCCAGAGAGAGUCUCCAUAGCAUGCAGGGUGCCCAGAGUUUUCCUGUUGAUUUUAAAGUCUUUAAAAAAUGUUUUGAGGGGAGUCCUGAACUAAUGCAGAAAGAAGAAAAUAUUUCAGAAAACUGCAUCCCUGAUGUGAAUAGUGGAUAUAAUGGAGAAGACAGAAUUGAAAUGGUAGAGAACGGAAAGCAGGCUCAGAAACCAGCUCACCAAACGAGCCCCUCCAGCAAUAUUCACCUGAAAAAAAGGAAAGACCAGACCUUGAAACUACAUGACCCAAAUAGGAAUUUCUCAUGUCAAAAAUUAGCUGCUAAAAAUGUGCAACAUGAAUGCUCUCUGAAUUUUUUUUCAUUGGGUGAAGAGAGGUAUCCACUAAACUUGCUGUUUCCUCUGCAAGAGAGGCCUGUGUGCUUAAGCAAACUAUUCCAGCCAGGGAGCAGUUUUUAUAAGUGUUUCUCUCCUCUGUCAGGCUGGGAAGCUGGAAAUGAAUGUGAUGUGAGAAUAUCUGUACUGGAAAAAGCAGUGGCUGCAUGUUCUCAGAGGAUAUUUCUGCUGAUGCAAGAGAAUGAGAAUUACUCCAAAAAAAUCUGUGUAUUGCAGCAGGAGAAUGACAGAUAUGCUCAGAUGAUGUGUGCCCUGGAAGAAGAGAUGGAUGCAUAUUUUCAAUAUGUUUUAGCAGCAGAUGAAGGUAACGUUGUUUCAUUCCAAAACUUACUUAAUGAGAAAGAAGUUGCUGGUGGAUGUUAUGAUAACUUUACAGAAGAAAGCACGAUUACCCCAGGAACAUUUUUAGUUGCAGCUUUUUCUGAGAAUCUCUCAUAUGUUGAAGAGAAAAACAGGAAUUCUGAAAAAGAAUCAUGGACAAUUGCAUCAAAUAAACUUCAUGGGAGCGUUCUAUCCCUGAAUGGAAGGAAAAUGAGGCACUUCCAGCUGCUUUCUGACCUGAAAGAAGAAAGAAGCAGAUGCUUGAAAGAAAUGGCUAAAUUAUUACAAGACAAAGAGAACUAUGUGGCAAAAUAUAUUGAAUUAAUGCAAGAGAGAAAGAGAAAUUUACAAAGAAUAGCCCUUUCAGAAGGUGAAAAAGAAACCUUGUUGGAACAUUUGGCAGAGAUAAAGUGUGAGCAAGACAAAUACAGGGCCUUAGUUUCAGAACUCCAAGACUGCAAAACUAGCUGUUAUCAAACCAUUUCUGACUUACAGGAGGAAAAAUGUGUACUGCAAAGAGAGAUAGACAGACUCAAGCAAGAAACUUCGGAACAGCUUGAUGAACUUCAGAAAGCAAAUGCAAACUUUAUUUUAGAAAAUAGAAAUUUAAAAGAGGUAAUGUCUUCUUUGGGUUUCACCUAUGAAGAGCUGAGAAAAGAGAAGAGUAUAGGAACAAACAAAAAUAUAGUAAAACUAAAAGAAGAAAGUUGUCAACCUGGUCUUAAGCCAAAGGAAGUUGAAACAGCGUGUAGUGUGACACAAACUGAGGAACAGGGAGUUCUGGCUAUGGAUCCUUCCGAUUAUUCCCCUGGGAAAAAGGGCAGCAUGUUUGAAAGCUACAGUAUGAUGAAAGAGCAAGUCAGAAAGGUGGAAGAGAAACUAAAAAUACAGGAAAAGGAAUUAGAAAAAUCAAAAAAAGCGGCUCAGAAGUGGUACAGAGAGCUUGGUUUUGCUGAAACAAGGUAUGAAGAAACCAAAACUCGUUUGGUGCAGGCUCUCUCAGAAUUAGACCACCUUAAACAAGAAGUUGGGGACAAAAUGCAGGGAAAGCAGCACUGCAAAUUAAUGCCUGCGUACACAUUGAAGGAUGCCCAGGAAAAAGAGGUGAAUAAAAUAGCCAGUAAGAGAUUAGAGCAGCAAGUGUUGACCUUGAAAGCCCAGCUCAGGGACCAGGCUGCAUUGCAAAAUCAGUUUUAUGACUUGCAGAAUGAAGUGGAACUCCUUCAGGCUCAGCUGUGUGAAAAGGAGAAAGAACUGCAGAAGAGGAAGUCUGAAGUGAAAUUGACAUUAGCUCCUCUGAAGGCCAAGCUGGCUUGCCUCACCCAAAAGUGCCAGGAAAGGAACAGCUUCAUUAGGAGAAUGCAUGAUGAAUUCCACAGGAAAGGAUUUAUGAACUCUGCAUUGGAUGAAGAGAUGAAGAGUCUGGUGAAUGACAUGACCCUGGCAGAGUACACGGUUGCUUUUACACCAGUGUGUGAUCAAGAGACGCUGCCUUCCUCCACAGAUGUUUCACAGGCUAAUGGACAGCCAGAGGAUCGUGUGGCACGUGCCAAAGGGAGUGGGGUGACUGGGUCAGUACCUGCAGACUCUCAGCCAGGGAUGGGUGGCCCCCACAGUUCUCCCCUCACCCCAAACGUGUGUGCUGGUUCUUCUGUCACAGUAGCAAGCCCAGAGAGGAUCACAGCCUUGCAUCAAGAACUAAGAGAAAGCCACCCCAAAAACUGCCAGAUACCUUCAGCUGUCCCCUCCAGCUCAGACCCAUGGGCUGGUCCCAGCCUGCCCAUGACCCACAGGGAAGCCCCCUGGCCUGUGCUGCCAGGGAUGCAGGAUGCUGCAGUGCCCCUGGGCCGUGCCGGGCUCCGGGCAGUGGAGGGGAGGGAUCGGCCGUCGGAACACGAUGAUAAAUUCUGGGGUCAGAUAGGAAACCAGCCUGCAGGUGCUAUUGCCCAGGGAAUGAAACACAAAAAUGCCAUUAUGAAUAAGGCAUGGCUCUCUAGAGAAAAAACAGAUGGCUCAACCUCAGCUACCACAGCAGAAAGCUAUUUGCCAGACGUGUUGUCAGCAAGUAAUAAAGGUCGAUAUCCUGUGGGGAGAAAUCAGCUGCAUGGGAAAGAAUAA